GGGCGGGUUCGGGGCAGGUCGGGCUGACGCCUAAAGCAGGCUCCCUGACAUCCAUACCCUCCCGUCUUUUUUCAUGCUAGACAUGAAACCUUCCCACCCUUUACUAUUUGUUAGCGGGGCCGUCCUGUUCCCUGGGGGACUUAAGAGGCUCGCUCUUUGUGAGCUGAGGGACCACCCAUUGGCUCGUGACCACGCCCCUGUGUGGAUCCUCCCCCUCUCAGAUUCUAAGUUUCUUAUUGGUCCUCGGUCAUUCUCCUUCCUGCCCUUCCCCGCCCCUCCCCCAGCUCCCAUUGGUCAGGACCGCGCCUCCUCUUUCGUCACCAAGCCCAGUUUUCCUUUUGAGGUUCCCUCCCCACCCCUUUAACUUACUGCCUUGGGGGAACGUGGACGAUGAUGGAUCCGCUGGGACUGGGCUUCGUGAGGGACACUGGAAAACCGGGCAGGACCCUUCCCGCAGAGCGCUUCCAGUCCAGGGAGGACCUGGCACAGUUUUGGGAACCAUUCGAUUUUGAUGAUCCUGAAAGAGAACAGUUAAAUGAAGGAAUUUUGAAGGAGGCCAGGAUUGAGGGCAGUGGGGAAUCACACACCCAGAUGUGACCCUUCUCAGAGGGCAGGAUGGUGCUGGACUCGGGGACCCAGGCCUAUGAGCAGGCACCCCCUUCCCUUUCUGUCAGCCCCCCCACUGUUUCUGGUGUGAGAAAGAUCUCAAAUCAGAAUGGGCCACAGCUGUAUCCCUCUCUCCAGCCACCAAUGUCAGCCCCCAGCUCCCGGAAACCCUCCCCAGUCGUCCCAGUACCUCCUAGGCCCUCUGUGUCCCAACCAUCAGGCUUGGCUUCUUCCCGUCCCAAGGUCUCAAGUCCGACGUCUGAAAUAAGGCAGCUCUCCUCAGCCUCACAGGGUCGUGGUCGGAUUCGGCGCAGUGAGAGCUCCUGCUCGAUCCGAGGGUCAAGUGGAAAGGGGCGGCUCCGGCCUGCCUCCUCUCUGCCCCACAUUGCCAAAAGCAAGGUGGAGGAAAUCCGGGCAGCUGGCAAGAGCCCCUGCCUGCUGGUGGCCUUAAGACCCAACAACUUGGAGCAAGAACGAGACCGGUUCUUUCAAUCAAGGUACACCUACAACCCGCAGUUUGAAUACGAGGAGCCGGUUCCUACUGCCGUGCUGGAAAAGUACAAUGAGGCCUCGGACAAGUUCAUCCCCCAGGCGGUGAGGAUCAUUGAAGCAGUCUUGGAGAAGUAUGGCUCCUACGAGCAAUUCGAGGCCAUCACGGGAGGCCAGCUGCUGACUAAGUGCCAGAUCUGGUCCAUUGUGCGCAAGUACAUGCAGAAGGAAGGCUGCUCUGGAGAGGUGGUGGUGCAGCUGAGCGAGGACCUGCUGUCCCAAGCCGUGAUGAUGGUGGAGAACAGCCGGCCCACCCUGGCUAUCAACCUGACUGGGGCCCGCCAGUACUGGCUGGAGGGGAUGUUGCGGCAUGAAAUAGGCACCCAUUACCUUCGCUUCGUCAACAACACUCAGCAGCCCUGGAACACCUCUGAUGGCCGGCGGCAGUACGGGCUCCGGCCUGCCAACCCCACCGAGGAGGGGCUGGCCAGCCUGCACAGCGUGCUUUUCCGGAAACAGCCCUUCCUGUGGCGGGCAGCCCUGUUGUACUACACCAUCCAGCGGGCAGCCCUCAUGUCCUUCCGCCAGCUCUUCCAGGACCUCGCCCAGUAUGUACAGGACACCUCGGUGCGCUGGGAGUACUGCGUGCGGGCCAAGCGGGGCCAGAAGGACACGUCCAAGCCUGGCUGCUUCAGUAAGGACCAAGUGUACUUAGACGGGAUCCUGCGCAUCCUGCGGCAUCGGCAGAAGAUUGAUUUCCAUAUGCUGACUGCUUUGGGCAAGGUCUCCUACGAAGAUGUAAAUCAGCUUCGGCCCCAUGGAAAGCUGGAAAAGACACGUAUUCCUCACUUCAUGCAGGAUUUGACUCGCUACCACCAGCAGCUGGAGCACAUCAUCAUCACCAACCGCUUGGACGAUGCCCAGCUGGAUAUCCUGUUGCCAGACUGAAGGGCUGAGGGUCGGGGUUCGGGGGUGUCUGGGGGGGCUGGUCAGCUGGCUGGCCAGGGAUCAGGGGAGAAAAGAUCCUGAGUCAGCUCCAUUGACAGUGAGCAGCAGCAUGGUCAACAUUUCCAUGCUCUGUAUAUUGGGGAGUUUGGGGAAUGGGCUGCUUAAUAUAUAUUCUACAGCCCCCUCUGGUAGGGGACUGUGAAAUCUGUCUUUAAAUCCAGAACAGAGGGGAAUUCCUCUUAGAAGGCCAGAAAAUAGAUACUGAGACCGCCCUGUCCACAUAGAAUGAAGAGAUCCCAGCAGGGAUGAAAAGGGAGAGCCAGACUUGGUUUAGCUUGGUGGGGAGGAGGGAGGGAGGAGAGCUGGCUCUGUGAGUGUACCAGGCCUAUGGGGAGAGAGAACGAGAUGGUGGUGGUGGGCAGGGAGGGGCUGUCUCCUUGUGCAUGAGAUUCUGGAGCUCACAGCUAGCCCCCCACCUUCAAUCCUGUGCUUCUCCCUCCCUUUGCUGGCAAGAACUCACGCCCCCAAAACAAUAAUUCUAGCCUCUUGGUGCUCUUAGACCCUUUGAUGUCUACCUCUUGCUGGGCUUUCAUGGAGGACAGAACAUCCGUGUACCCCUUCCCCAGCCAAGGCCCUGGUGUAGCUGCUCUCCUCCUGGGUGGCUCCCCCCUCCCACCCUCGGACAUCUGACCUUUCACACACGUGACCGUCCAACUCCACAUUUACUCUUCCUCCUGGUGCCCAGCACUUCAACUUCCCCAACUCCCUGCCCAAAUACUCAGUGAAACAAUUGAAAGGGAUAAAGAGGAAUGGAGUGGAGGGCGAUGGCGUGCUGGCCCAUGGGCCCCAGCAAUUCAAGCAUUACUAAGCAUCCACUAUGGGCAGGGCCCUGUGCCCCAGCAAAGGGGCCCUGAGGACAUUUGGGGGAGCGGCUGGUGGGAAUGCAGUGUCAGUCUGCCUAUGGAGAGGGGGGUACAGGGAGAGGUGUAGCUGGAGGGGGUUGGACACGUUCUGAUCUUUGUUCCUUUCCCCCCUUUUCCCAUUGCUGCCUCAGGCUUAAGUGGUAGCUGCCUAGGAGAGCAGUGGUGAUCCCCUUCCCCUAGCACACAGCCCAUUUUACGCAAGAGCUGAGUGAGUCCAGAGAGCAUAUUUCAGGGCAAUGUCCUGAGUGCUGUGGAGAGACUGGGCUCUGUACUUGAUCCCUGGUCUGAGGAGAAGAUGGCUCCUCCCCUCAGGGAGCUCCCCAUCUCCUGAGGCCCCAAGCCUUGUCUUGUCUGUUGCUGGAUUUUAGCAAGGCAUUUCUCCAGGUCUCUGAUAGCACAUUUGUAAGCUAAAGGAAAUUUGUGAGAACAGUUAGGUGACUUCUGAACGAUUUGGAUGCUGAAUCCAAGAAGGAAUUAAUGGAUCAAUGCCAACUUGAAGGGCAUGUCCUUGAGCCAUAGCAGGUCUUGGUCUUGGGCCCUCUUCUGAUGUUUUUUAAUCACUGAUGUCAAUGAAGGCACCAAAUUUCUGGGUAAUGGAAAGGAAAGAGAGAGAACUAAUAAAUGGGUGACAGAAUCAGGAUAUAAAGAAUCCCAGACAGUUUGGGGCUGGUGAUGAAAUUUGUUAGGUAUUCAUUUCUGAGACCUUUCCAGCCUAAUAGUGGCAGGGGAUAAACAGAAAGUCUUUGGUGAGUUGUGCGUUUUUCUGUGCCAUCGAUGGCACAGGAUGGCUGUGAGGAUGCACUGGGCCUUGGCUUGUUGUGCAGAUGCAUCGAGAAGAAGGCUCGAGGGCUGGGUUCUGGGGAUAAGUCGAUAUUGAUCCCUGGCCCUGUUACUGACCACCUCUGGUGCUGGGCCAUUUCCUCUCCCAGGGGCGCGAGCCAGGCUUUGGGGACCUGACUGUGGCUUUGGAGGGUGGAGGUGACCCGCCACCUCUCAGUGUUUUGGGAUAUGUGCAUAUGUAAUCUACCCACAGUAUUAACUCACACAAGUACAGUAUUUAUAGAGUUUUUAGAGAUGAACGUCCUUUUAGAAAUGAAUGGGAAUGAAAACAAUCAGUUUUGUUUUACAGAUUAGCAUGGGGCAGUGGGUAAAGUGAUGUCCCAGGUCAUUGGGUCAGAGGCAGGACUAGAAUCCUUUGGCCCUCACCAAAGCAAACAGUGCAUGCUGCCUUUUUUCAUGACUUGUUUUCCAGUUCAGAGAUUGGUAUUUGUGUUGAUCCGAUUUCCUCUGAACACAAACCUUGGAAGAUGGGCAGGAGACCAAUAAGUGUAUUUUGCCUUCGACCCCAUCUCUAAGAUCCCAACCUAUCUUCAGCCUGGCCUGGCCGCUAAUUUCAGCAGGGCCUCUCCUGGUCCUGCCCUUCUUAGGUUGGGUGCUGGGAGGAGCAGAGUCACUGCUGGGGAUUCUUGGCCCUGUGGAAAUAAGCCUUGAGGCCAAUUAUGUUGCCUUCCGUCCUGUACCUCAGCAGGAAAUGUUUUUGUUUGAUCAUUUCCACUCCCACCCCCCAUCCCAGGAACCUAAAACAAUGCUCAGACGGUCCGGGAGCUUAGGUCACUACUGGUAUCUUAACCCCAUUGGGAAGAGGCCCUGACCUGUGGCUGUGGUAGGGGUCAGCCUUGUUUCAGAACUGCUAGGCUCAGGGGCUUGGAGUUGGGAAUCUUUAUUGUAAUUCCUCAGAGAGUGUUCCCAGCACUUCUCAGCUUCCUUUUUCUCAUCUACAGAAUCGGGGGGUUGGACUAGAUCCCUAAAGUCCCUUCUACCUCAUCUGUGAUUCUCAUUAGUAAGGAGGGAAGGGACUAUGGAUCAGGCUCAAGAGGAAGUUUUCCUGAGCGUUCAUCUUUCUGACCCCUUGGAUGCCUGCUUCCCCCUGUUCCCAGACAGCUGUCCCAUUGACGCCUUUGCCUGGAGACUCCUAUUGUUUGACUUAGCUGAGGAAUGGAGGCUCAGGUGCUGUCACGAGAUUCACUUUAGCUGAACAUUUAGCGUCUUCGAUACAGGUCAGGGUUGGAGGGGUCACCUCAACUCCUUGUAUGUUGUCUGGAACUGGAAAUGAUUUUUCUCUUCACUCCCAGAAAAGGAGAGGCAAGAGGAGCUUUGGAAUAAAAUUAUUUUUUAUCUUC